AUGGCAACCACCACCACAAGUCGUAGGCUUCGGCCUCCGUCGCCGAAUAUUGACCGGAGCCGGAGCAUAACUUCAUCGAUCUCCCUCCCGGUUUCAUUAAACGCCUCAUUCUCUUCUUCUUCGUCCUCUUCUUCCUCUUCCCCUUCCAAUCCAAGCCAAAGAGUGAUGAUAAGCAGAUCACAAUCCACAACAAGAUCUUCUAGACCCGCCGGAUCCAACCCGAAACCCGGCGAGAUGAUCCCGGCGAGAAACAGCGCGUCAAGAUCUCACGAGAUCAACAACGGGAGAAGCAGAGAGGCGUUUGCUCGUUACUUGGAGCAACGUGAGCGUGGCAGUCCUCGUAAUAACGCUUCGUCGAAAGGGGUAAAACCGGGAGCUACCUCACCAUCCGCGUGGGCAUUGUCACCGGGAAGAGUUUCAGCAAUGAAAACUUCUUUGUCCAGCUCAGCUCCGGCGAGUUCAAUGUGCCGGACACCACCUGAGUCGCCGGUAAGCGCGGCCAAGAUGAGAAGCGGUGGCGGUGGAGCAGUGGCUGGAGUUUUGAAGUACUUCAAGGCUCAGAAGAAAGUAUCUCCGGUUCAUGAGGAGGACUAUCACCGGUUUAGGAUUAUUCACAACAGAUUACUUCAACUGAGGUUUGUUAACGCAAGAACUGAAGCCACUAUGGCUAAACUUAAGAUCAAUGUUGAGGAUCAAUUGUUUUGGGUUUGGCUUAGGAUAUACAAAAUGAGGAACUACGUAGUGGAAAAUGUAGUUGAAGUUCAAAGGCUCCGUCAAGAAAUUAAACUACGUCAAGUUCUCAGUCUCCAAAUGCCUUUACUCAAUGAGUGGUCUAAACUGGACGCCAAAAACUACGAAGCGUUGAGCAAGCUAACUCGAAAACUACAUGCUUUGUCUCUCCGUUUACCCCUCCUACAUGGUGCAACGAUAGAUUUGGUGUCCGUACAUGAAGAAAUGGUCACAGCAAUAGAAGUCAUGGAUGAGAUUGAAGACAUCAUCAUCAAGUUUCUCCCACGACAGGUUGAAAUAAUCCUAUAUGAGCUAACAGAAUUGCUCAGCAUGUUCAAACAAGAAUUAUUAUAUUUUGAAGAAUUGGAGAAGAGCCUUUUCCUUAUUCCUGUCUUUGCGGCGAAAGAGAGUAGCUUAAGGGUCCAUUUUCUCCAGAAGACUGAGGAACACAUAAAAUCUUUGCAACAUUGA